CGAGAACAUAUUGUUACAUUCGGACAUAGUAAACAAUGUUGAGGUUUUAAAAAGUAUUUGUUUUGCGGUUUCGUAACACACAAGGAAAGCGUGGUGUUGCUUCUUCACUGUCACUGUUUUGAUCCAAAUUUGCUCGCUUCGAGCCAAAAUGAGGCCGUUAGGCUUCAUCAUAGCAUGCGCGGCUGCGGCCACAGGUGGAGUGUCGUUGGCGAUACUCCUCUACUUUGUCCUUCCCUCUGGGGGCUCCCCUACGGAGGACUGGAGCUCGGCCACGUCCAUUUACGACUUCUCAGCCACCGACAUCGACGGCAACGUGGUCUCUCUCGAAAAAUACAGGGGUAAUGUGGUCAUCAUCACAAAUGUGGCCUCCAAAUGAGGCAAAACGCCCGUAAACUACUCUCAGUUUGCCGAGAUGCACGCCAAGUACGCUGAGAGAGGUUUACGCAUCCUUGCCUUCCCUUCCAACCAGUUUGCCAACCAGGAGCCAGGUACUAAUGCCGAGAUCAAGCAGUUCGCGCAGUCGUACAACGCUCGCUUCGACAUGUUCAGUAAGAUCGAAGUCAACGGGCCCGACGCUCACCCGCUGUGGAAAUGGCUGAAGGAGCAGCCCAACGGCAGAGGCUUCCUGGGAAAUGCCAUCAAGUGGAAUUUCACAAAGUUUCUGAUUAACAAAGAGGGUCAGGUGGUGAAGCGAUAUGGACCCAUGGAUGAUCCAAGCGUGAUGGAGGUGGAUAUCCUUCCGUAUCUGAACGCCUAAAUGACCAAGACCCCACCAUCUCGCCAUUCUUUCAUUUCCUACUCUUCCUAUCUCUCUCUCUCUCUCCCUGAGCAUCGGUGGAUAAGGGUUCGGCUCAAACCCGGACGUGUGACGGUCUGUCCGUAAAGCCGCCCGACGGAAACGACAGACCCGAUGCAAUUGGCGUGCAACUCUGCCGGGGAUGCUGGCCGAGCUUUUGUUCAUUUUCGUGGCCCGGGGAGAAGGAGACGCAGAGCAAACCGAUGAAAUGUAGCGUUGUUUGCGUAGCGACACUGGAAUUGAUGCUAAUGAGCUUCCGUAGUACUGGCAUUAAAGUGUAAAGAGAAGUUAACACCUGCCUAAUCCAACUGAAAUAAAGUACAACUACUCACACUCUGAAAAUGGCUGACAGACAUCCAGCCCAUUAUGGACAAUAAAAACAUGUGCCUGGUA